AUGCUGCCGUGUCGCUCUGACGAGUCCAGGAGGAAGAAUCAGUUCAGCAAGGACGAGCGGCUGCAUCUGUUGAACAUAAUGGGCCAGUAUGGGCCACUGCUGGACGACAAGAGCGCGUCGCUGUUCGGCCGCAGGGAGAUCUGGCGUGCGAUCGAACGGGAUUUCCAUCAGGCUGGCUUCACCAGCAAGACCUCGGCACAGCUGAAGAAGUAUUGGCAAAACUACAAGUACCACGGCAGGAGAGCGCAGACGGUAAAUCAGACGCGCUUGUCUUUUCCGCGAUCCGUCGUUAUUAGCAGCCUUCGGCUGUUCGCCACGUCGCCUGCGGGAGCUGCUCUGUUCCUCUCGUCGUUGUCCUCGACUUUCCUAUUUCUCCAUGUGGACGCGUAUUUUAGACUUUGGAAAUGGAUGAGAGUGAAUCUCCGUGGUAUGAGGAAGUGCGCGCGAGAAACGAUGGAGAGGACGCCGGCGCUUCCCGAGGAUAAUCGCGAUAAUCUCGAGACGAAGAUCGCGGGGAAAUCAGCCUGCGUUUCUCCUUCUCCCGUCCCUCCUUCUGCUGCCGCCGACGCGUCGCUGCAGAACCUCGAGUCAGGAUGUCGUCAGCGUCAGAUAUACGGGGAUAAUGGAACGUUCUUCCGGAAAUUAAGUGCCACGCCGAUCCUGCCGACUGAUUCAGAGACACCCGACAAGAAUCGCUCAAACUCGGAGAUCUCGCAAAGAAAGAGUUUCUCAAGCACGGAGGUAAUAGUGUCUAACACCGACGUCUCGGACAAUAGCGUGACUGUGUCGGUGAUUUGCCCUGAAAGGAGUCCCCGACAAUUCCCCAGCAAGAAUCAGCUGAAAAGAAAACGCGACGUCCCGCCAGAUAGGACUUCCUCCUCUUUUUCGAGCACCGUUUCCGUCGCCUCAGCUGCAUCGCCGGGCAAGAAGGACGCCGGCGAUCACUCUAUUUUCCCAGCCGCCGGGAAAGGACGCUGCUUCUUGCUGCAACCUCGGCAGUCUGAUAAUCGCGGCGAGGUAAUUAGCGACAGGAGGAACACGGCUGAGACGCGCCGGAAAUUAGAGCCGGCGAAGAAAGACUCCCCCGCCGUAUUAUCGUCGAGAUUCGCAUCGCAGAGCGAAACUCCGGAAUCCACGAGGGGAAUCGCGCACGAAUCCGGGGAAUAUCUUCCGCGGCAGGAUCCAGCCGCCUGCCAUGCCAGGGAUAUUCAGGAUUCGCCCUGCGACAAAGGACGACGCGAAGAAUUGAAAAUCCGCAGCGAGGCCGCGACGUCGCGAAAUCAACGGGAUGACUCGGCGGACAUGUCUGAUGUGCGCCUCGGAUCGCUAGGAGAUGCGGCGUCCUGGCAUCGGAAUACGAUUGAUCCGGUCCAAUCAGGACUGCGGGACGAACUGAAUUAUCGGCUGAUGCUGCAUCGCUUGGAAACUGAGGAGAAGCGGCUGAAAGUGAAAAUCGCUGAGAUGGCUAUUCAGGAGAUUCGAUUCAGGAUCCGGGCACUGAACGAGGACAUUCGGCGCGCGGACGAGCUGCACGAGUUGCAUCUGGCACUUGCGACGGCUCAAGCGGAUACCGAAGAAUUGCGUGUCUGAGGAUCCCGUAACUCUCCUGAAAGCGAAACACUACGUGGCGGGCAAGUGUCGGGAAAAAUAUGAGAGGAGGGAGACGGUUGUGCUUGAAGUUAUUUUUAUUAAUCACCAUCAUAUAUCGCAUGUCACGAUGUCGUCAUCAUUUAGAAAAAACGCAUGGGAUCAUACAAAAUAACAAUGCGCUUAGAUUUUUGUGGUAACCGAGCAACGUCUCGAGGUCGCGUUAUAUGUUGCGUUCGCUCUCUGCUGCUGCUGCUUCUUCUUUCUUCUCCUCCUUCUCUUCUUCUUUCUUUUUUUUUUUUCUUUUUUAUCGCGUGUCGCAGGAUCAGAGCAAGUGCAACCAUUUCAACGGAUCGUCGAUCGUACAACAAACUACGGAACAAUAAUUUUAUAUCACCUAACAAGACGCCUUUUGUCUCUGUCAACACCGCCUUCUCUUCCCCUCCUCCUAUCCUUCACACACGGUUUUAUCGAGCCCUUUUCACUUCUCAUUACACUUUCCGCCAUUUCGCUCUCCUUCCAAUUUUUCACUCCAUACUUAGUGUUUCUCCUCGCAUUUAGUGAUUGUUAAUAAUUAUCACAGAAAGUUCGUAAAACAAUGAUGUUGACGUUUA